AUGGUAAAAGUUUCUAAUGUGUUUCCUUCUCAGUUGGUACCUGAUAUCUUCAUGUAUGACUAUUCCCAUUUCCAGGUUAAGUCCCUGCUGCUCCUGAUGUUAGGGCUCACCCUCCUGAGGGAGGUGGCAGCUAGGACAAACCCCAAAGCAGCCUCUUGCCCUCCUCUGGAGGACCAUUUUGUGAGGGUUGACGUUCGCCUCAUCAAUCAAAACAAGGGUUUUUCCAGCUCACGUGACAUCCAGAACCGCUCCAGCUCCCCCUGGGUUUACAACAUCACCCGGGACCCCAACCGGUUCCCCUCUGAGAUUGUAGAGGCCCAGUGCAGGUACUUGGGCUGUGUCGAUGCCCAGGGGAAGGAAGACCACACUAUGAACUCCGUUCCCAUCCAUCAAGAGUUCCUGAUCCUCCGGAGGGAGUCCAAGGGCUGCCCUGGCUCCUUCCGGCUGGAGAAGGUGCAGGUGACUGUUGGCUGCACCUGCGUCACCCCCAUCGUUCAAGAUAUAAAUGCCUGAGUGCCGCACGGCUGCUCCACUGAAGAGGCUGUAGAAACGCCACUCCUUAACGAGCACUCAGCGGCAAGUCCUGUGCGGUCCUUAGUUCUCUCCCCUUCAUAGGACUCUCAAUAAGAUUUGCAUGGAAUUCUCAAAGCUCUGUAUUAGAUAUAGCAUUAACUCUCCAGGGCGCUUCAGAAUCCUAAUAUAGUCCUGUGAUCUUCCAAUGCCCCAACCCCCUGAGAAUGGGUGGAGGAGAACGCAGGAGCCCUUGGCCCACUCUCUUUAUGUGCUCUGAUGACCAUCUCCUAGCCAUGCAGUCACUGUGAUACACUGUCAUUCCCUGGGAGCUCUGUUGGUAAAGUGGGCCUCUGUUCCAUGUGCAUGAAAACACCGAAAAUAUAACCACAAUGUAGGAGGGUGUGAGAGGGGCUGUGCAGGAUGAGGUGGGCUGGGAAGGAUGGGGAUAAGGAUCUAGUUCAUGUUUAUUAAUCAUUCACUAAGUAUAGAUGAGGUUGGCCUGAUAUUUAUGUUUGUAAGGAAGUUGUCCAUAUAUUUAUGAUGUAUUAAUUAUAUAAAA